GCUGCGCGCAGCCUAGAGCGUAGCGUCCCAGCAGCAUGAGCGGCUCGGGCGCUGCCGGGGCGGCCGCGGGCCCUGCCCCGCCGGCGCAGGAGGAGGGCAUGACAUGGUGGUACCGCUGGCUAUGCCGCCUGGCGGGCGUGCUGGGGGCCGUGUCCUGUGCCAUCUCUGGACUCUUCAACUGUGUCACCAUCCACCCUCUGAAUAUUGCAGCUGGCGUGUGGAUGAUCAUGAAUGCCUUCGUCCUGCUGUUGUGUGAGGCGCCCUUCUGCUGCCAGUUCGUGGAGUUUGCAAACACAGUCGCUGAGAAGGUCGAUCGGCUGCGCUCCUGGCAGAAGGCUGUGUUCUACUGCGGGAUGGCCGUCGUUCCCAUCGUCAUGAGCCUGACCCUGACCACGCUGCUGGGCAACGCCAUCGCCUUUGCCACCGGGGUGCUGUACGGAUUAUCUGCCCUGGGCAAAAAGGGUGAUGCCAUUUCCUAUGCUCGGAUCCAGCAGCAGAGGCAGCAGGCAGAUGAGGAGAAGCUGGCUGAGACAAUGGAGGGAGAGCUGUGAGGUGGCCCAGGGUGGCCUACCCUCAUUGCCUACUGCCACUGGGUUCUGUGUGACGUCUGGAGAAGGCGGAGAGCCAAGUCUGUAAAAUGGCCUGGGAGAGGAGUCCCUGCAAGUCAUCAUGCCUCAAGUCGUCUUGUGCCUACCCUGUUCUCUGGACCUACUCAGCCUGGAGCUCCUGCCCCACUGGUACUGAAGACCUGGGCCAUAGGAUAUGGAUGGGAUGAACUCGCUCCUGUGAGCCUAUGGUGCAGAUUCCUGCGCUGGUCACCCUUCCCAGACCUAAGGCCGGUCACCCAGGCUCUUGCCGCUUCAGGGCCGAGCUGGCUGGCAGGUGAGGCUUCAGCUCUGCCCCAUGCACGUGUCCUAAGAGCAGAGGAUGAAUGCAGCAGUGUCCUGAGGCCAGCGACUGUUGCCUGGAGCAGGAGAGAUAGCUGGUCCUUUGAGAAUCUACAGCGCUCCCAGGAAGCAGCUUCUUGGCCAGAAGAGCAGCGUUGGCAGUGGCCAGAGGGCUGGGUGGAAGUCCCCUGGUGCCUUGGCCAACCUAUUCCAGAUACCUUGUUCCAUCUCCCCUGGGCCUUGCCUUGACCUCCAGGUCCUGCCCCUCCCCCCAGCUCAGGCUUUGGUGCUAGGAAGUGUGUGUUUGUGUGUGUGGUGUGCACUGGGAGCGUGUACUCCUGCUAAUACGCAGUGAGAGCCUCUUUAUCAGUGAUGGCAGGCUCACUAUUUGUAGGGAUUGACCUCAGGUAUUCCUCCCAACCUGCCCCUGGCAUCCUGUAGCCUUUGAAGAGCUGAGCAGAGACUCAAGUCACCUCUCACACAGAGCUGGCCCUGCCUCAGGUACUAGACCUAGGUGAGUAGGCCUGCAUGGCUAGGAUAUGGAGAGCUGCUACUCUGGAACUAGUCCUCCUGCACAAACCCUGGUUGUCCCCCAUCCUUCUGCACUGUUAUCUUUUCCUACUGUCCUGUGAUGUUGGCACUAGUGGCUGCUUAGAUGGGCGGGACCCUAGACAUUAGGCACAUGUUGGUGGUCUGGCUGAAGAUGACGUGAGAGAUGCUAAGCCCCGCCUCCCUCCUGCACUAGGACUUCAGCUGGGCCAGGAGUUGCUGAGUCUCCAGGGAAUCUUUAGCUCACCAGUUUUUGGAGCCAGGAAUAGUGGGCAUUCUAUUUUGGAUAGAGACUUUUUGAUAUGUGGGCUCCGGUCAUUUCUCAGAGAGCCUGGACACAGUGAACCCCAGAGUAGCAGAGAUGUCACAGUGUACCUGGCUUGGCAGGACAUGUGUCUUCAAGGUUUUUCUGAGGCUAUUUUUCUCAAGCCAGGAAUGGGCUUCAAGGGCUCUGUAUAUAUGUAUGUUUGGGUGUGUCAGGGCCCAUGUUCACAGUAAGACCUGUCUACCUCCCAGGAGGAGCAAAGGCCCUACCUGCCCCUCUGGUUACUUGUAUUGGCAAAAGAUUCAGGUCACUUCUGCCCAGGCCUUCUGUCCCUGGUAUUGAAACUCGCUACAUCUGUGGAUAAGAUUGGACUCCAAUAAGGAAAUUGAUUUUGUACUGGGAAAGCAUGGGGUAGGGGGUAAAGGUAGAGAGAGGGAUACAGACCAGAGUGGGACAGUAAUUUACAUCCUAAGGUUCCGGAAUUACAGUGGCUCUGGAGCCCAUUGCUUUGCUUCUGAGCACACACAGGCACUCUCUAGCCUAGACUAGGCCCCUCUAUUGCCUGUAUCUGACUGUCUUCUGUGGCUCCCCUUGCCACCCACCCCCGGUUUGUUUUUGGUUAGCUUACAUUUGGAGUAAAGCAAGGCUGUAGUUGGUACGCACAGUC